AUUAACGAUCCUUAUGUAUUAUCCAUCAUCUACAACAUAUACAACAUAAAGUUAUAGGAAGUUCAAAAAGUAAGAGGAUAGAGUUGAAAAUACUAAUGCAAUAUAAGAUUAUCACUUAUAAAGAACACUCAAAUAAGUUGAAUAAUUAUAAAGAGAUUUAGAAUAAGCUAAGAUAGAAGAAUAAAGUAUUGUUAUUAUUAAUAAUAUAGAUAGUUAAAAAUAGAGAAGAUUAGCAGAAGAAAAGCUUUAUCACUUUUAAUUAAAAUAUGAUGAUAUGAAUAAAGAAUGCAUGAAUUUAAGAGAAAAAAUAGCAAAAGCAGAUGGAGAUAGAUAAGUUAUUCGGGCAUAAGGUGAAGGUGAGGUAAAGGCUCUAAAUGUACAAAUAAAUUAUUUGGAAAAAUAAAUUUCAGAACUCAAAUUAGAAAAUGAAAAAUUAAAAAAAGAAAAUGAAUAACUUCAUCAUUAAGCAUUAGAUGCACAAAAUUUGUCUAAAAGACCCAUCUAAAAUAUACCUUAAAAUACUUAAUAACGUCCUUAAUCAUAUUAUUGA